AUGCAGAUGGAGGCGGGAUUACAAGUCCGCGGCGUUCUGGAGUUUAGGGAAUCCCCCUUGUAUAGAGGUCCUAGACUCACUAACUUGGUCCGGGCUAACACAACUCCUGACCGAAGUACGGGUUGGCAAGCCUUAGGCUUUGGUCAAGAGGGUCGAGUUCGUGGACGGGCUGACCUGGGCUCUGAUUUGUUCUUAGUCUGGGAUGGCCUAUUCGGCGAACUUCGUCAUUUUGUGGCGCUUCUCGGAACGUCUGUGCCUAGGUCGGUUCGGGGGUGUUACAGGACGGGACAGGGCAGACAGGACGGAUGA